CCCGCGCUCUCUCCUCCUCUUCCGGACGAUGCCAAGCGAUGACGUCGCCGGUGGAAGCCGCUGCGGCGGCCGGAGCUGGAGACCGAGCGAGGGGGAAAGCAAGAUGGCGGAGCUCGAAGACGUUACGCUGGAUGGAAGGCCUCUUCAUUCGCUCCGGGUGGCGGAUUUAAAGGCCGCCCUGGCGCAGCGAGGCCUCUCCAGAAGCGGACAGAAAAAUGCCCUCAUCAAGAGGCUCAAAGGGGCUCUAAUGUUGGAGAACCUUCAGAGAACCUCUACACCUCACAUUGGACUUCAACCAAACUCCCAGAUUGGGGAGGAGAUGAGCCAGAACAGCUUUAUAAAGCAGUACCUGGCCAAACAACAGGAGCUCCUCAGGCAGCGACUGGAAAGGGAGGCUAGAGAAGCAGCCGAGGUCGAUGAGACGGACACCCCUGCUGGCCGAGAUCAGGAAGAGCACACAUCUGGCAACGACACCUGCGCUUCUUCAGGACAGGAGGUGUCCCCUGCACAGGAUGAUCAGCGGAAGCAACAGGCUCCCCCGUACACUGGCAUUCGGGCGGAGGAGGGUGGAUCACACGGGGGGUCAGGUGAAGACAGCAGGGUUAGAGAUGGGGAGGGACCCCAACCUUCUGCCCCCAUCUCAAAGUAUUACAGUCAACGGGCUGCCCAUCAAAAUGCACACGAUGGCCAGGUGGGUGCCCCCCUGGCUCCUGACCACAGGACUCUGCACUUCUCCGGUGGCGUAAGUCGCGGGGAGCAGGAAGCCCACCAGCCAGCUGCAGCUUUGCCUAGGGUGGUGGCGUCACUGUCCGUGCGUGUAGUUGGGGAGCCAGAGAGGGCAGGCACGGCAUUCCCUGGACCCCCAAGGGAAUCUGUCCCUAGCCGCUCCACGGCAGAACCAGCCCAGAAGGCCCAGGAAGGAUCUGCCCGGCCAGAGAGCGACGAGGACAGCUUUGAUGAGGAUGAUGAUAAGGAGGAGGAAGAGGGUGUGGGAAUGAGGAGGAGACGAGGGGAGCCGCCCAGCCGCUCGCGAGCACGCGAGAGAGCCAGACGCACUCGGCAAAUGCCGCAGCGCAUAGUGCAGCCGCAGCUGCCUCAUCAGCCCCAGCUGCAACUCAGGCAGCCCACGCCACCUCCAUCGCCUCCCCCAGAGCUCUCCUUCCCUCUACCUGACACCCCCAAGCAGAGCCCCCCCAAUGUAGAGGAGCCUAGUGGGGCAGCUGUAGGAGCUGGCAUGCCGGUGCCCCCACAGAGGGGUAGUUUGUCACCUGCUCUCCAGCGUCAGGACAGCAGCAGCAGUUCUGGCUCAUCUAGCAGCAAUAGCCGCAGCAGCAGUCCAGAGCCACAGGGGGGUGCUAGAGAGCGUAAACCUGGCCCUCUUACCCUGUUGGCCCGGAAGAUGGAGUCAGAGGGUGCUUUUGAUGGGGGAAAGGGAAAGGGUAACCUCGAGUUUGAGGACUUACCAGAAGGAGCCAACAGUCAGAAAUACAGUGCUGCUGCUGUAGCCACUAUCACAUCUGUAGAUGGCACUGGUUUAUUCCCUGGCACUAAUCUAAUGGGGAAAGGGUCAGGGUUACCUGUCCCUAUGGGUGCAGGUACACUGCCUACUAUUAUGUUUUCUGGCACAGCUUCAACACAUGGUCCUGGAGUGAGUGUAGCUGCAAAGAUAGGAGAGCGUCAGGAGAGGAUCUUAGAGGGAAGAAAUGUGAGUCUUUUUGAGCAAAUGAGUGUGGAGACUUCUCCCCAAACUGAUUUUUCGGUUGAGCAACAGACACAGGAUUUCAGGGGCAGGGAGAAAGUGUUGGAAAGAGAAGAACGGAUAAAGCAGCAGGAGCUGGAGAGGGAGAAGCUCGAGAAGGAAAGGCAGGAGCAACUAGAGAAACAAGAGAAGGAGCUAGAGAGACAAGAGAGGGAAAGGCUGGAGCAGGAAAGGCUGGAGAGGGAGCGGCUGGAGCAGGAAAGGCUGGAGAGGGAGCGGCUGGAGCAGGAAAGGCUGGAGAGGGAGCGGCUGGAGCAGGAAAGGCUGGAGAGGGAACGGCUAGAACGGGAGAGAUUGGAGAGGGAACGACGGGAGCAGCAGGAGCGGGAGAGGCUGGAAAGGGAACAGCGGGAGAGGCUGGAGCGGGAGAGGCUGGAGAGGGAACAGCGGGAGCGGCUGGAGCAGGAGAGGCUGGAGAGGGAACAGCGGGAGCGGCUGGAGAGGGAGCGGCUGGAGCGGGAGCGGCAGGAGCAAGAGAGGCUGGAGAGGGAGCGGCAGGAGCAGGAGAGGCUGGAAAAGGAGAGGGAGCGGCAGGAGCAGGAGAGGCUGGAAAAGGAGAGGGAGCGGCAGGAGCAGGAGAGGCUGGAAAAGGAGAGGGACCGGCAGGAGCAGGAGAGGCUGGAAAAGGAGAGGGACCGGCAGGAGCAGGAGAGGCUGGAGAAGGAGCGGCAGGAGAAGCUGGAGAGACAGCAGCUGGAGCAAGAAAGGCUGGAGCGGGAGCAGCAGGAACAGCAGGAGAGGUUGGAGCAGGAAAGACAAAAACUGGAAAGGCUGGAGAAAGAGCGGCUAGAGAAAGAGAGGCAAGAACUGGAGCGAGAGAAAGCUUUGGUCCGAGAGAGGGAGAGUCGUCUACCACCAUGGAAGCGUGGACGAGAGAUUGGGGGAUUUUCCUCUUCCUUACAUCCAGCUUCAACUCUAUCCACUGCAGCAGAUAAAUGUGUGGAAUCCAUGGAUAAGGACCUGGAGAGGCAGGAACCAGUUAUAGUGCACUCCCAGUUGCAGCCACUAGGCGAGAAUCAGCCAUCCAUUCCAGUUUCACCCCAGUCAUCCAAGAAGUUCCACUUCCUUCGGGAGACCCGCCAGUUGUCCUCACCCUCUACCGCUACCCCAGUGAUCAAGAGGCCGCGUACCUUUUCUGAUACCCCCCCUUCAGUGGAAAAGGAGGGUGGCAGCAAAACUACUAUUCCAGAGGGAACAUCUGGCACACAGAAGGACAUAGACACAGAUUUUCAUACCUCCACUGUCAUUGCAGACACACAGGAAUUACAGAAAACACUCCCACAGCAGGGUGGCCAUGCAGGACUUCCUCAAACUCAUGAUUUGGGGUCCCCUUGGCUAGAUGAAAAGGGCAUAUCGACUAAGCUAUGUGAACCCCAUCGACAAGUAUCAGUGGAUGAACUCAAGCCAUUAAAGGAAGCUGAAUCAACACAGAAGGAGAAACAAAGAGCUGCUGAGGUACCUAAAGGAGCUCUUGAGCAUUCCCUGCCUGCCUUGCCCCCUCCACCUCCAGCAGAAGAAGCUGAGGUGGGAAGAGAGGGUGAAAAAGAGGAACACUCAUCUCACUCUGACUCCUCUUCAUCCGACUCGGAUUCUGGGUCAUCGUCGUCUUGUUCCUCAGGCUCCUCUUCAUCAUCAUCAUCAUCUUCCUCUUCACAGGACCAAAGCAUCUCUGCUUCCAGUAAAAGGAAGUCUACCAGCACUUUGGGAGAGACCCAGGACAGCAGGAAACCAGUGCAACCAGAAAGCUCCCUCAAAGCCACCACUGGGCCACAGCGCAAGAGGACAGCACGGGAGAAGGAGGACGGUGUGCCCGCAGAACUGAGACAGAUCAAGAAGCCACGUGCUGAAAGAACAGGGGAAGAACGGGAGGAUCGUGAGAAGGAUGAUGAUGAUGAUGAUGAUGAUGAUGCAAAAAUGGAGGUUACUCCGAGUCAUUCAUCCAGGGAGGUGAAGCAGGCUACGGCAGACGUGCCUGCCCCGGAUAUAGAGGUGGCUUCAGAGAGCAAGGAAGGGCCUGCAGAAGAGAGCGCCACAGCGAAAACAUUCCCAGUCCGCAAGAUCUCACUGAGCGCGGGCGGAAAGCUGUCCCCGGGAGCCACCCCUGCAGCGACACCCCCGGCCGCCCCCCUCGGCUCGCCGACCGAGGCGGACUCUGGUGCUUUGGCGGGGAGGAAGAGGAGAUGGGGCUCCAGUGCUGCUGUCACUGCCAAGAAGCCUUCCAUUAGCAUCACUACAGAUUCGCUGAAGUCCUUGAUCCCAGACAUCAAGCCCACAGGGGGGCAGGAGGCCGUGGUGGAGCUGCAUCCGGAUGAGGGCCGGCUGUCCGGGGACGAGGAGGUCGCCGAGCAGGAGGAGAUGGGAGAAGCCGAGCUGGACAAAGGACUAAAGAUCCAGCGAACCGUCACGCAGGUGGUUUCCGCUGAAAGCCAGGAGAAUGGACAGGAGGAGACGAAGAGGGAGGAGGACAGGGAGCCUCCCGAGAUGGAAAAGAGCCAGGAAGAGUCCAAGGAGGAGAAGGAGGAGGAGAUCUCCCUGCCGGUGCCCAUGGAGAUGCCAGCCCCCACGGCCGCCUGUGAGGCUGAAAUGAAGGUGCCACCCAGCGAUACGCUGGUGCGCCGCUCUAUCAGCCAGCAGAAGUCGGGCGUCUCCAUCACUAUAGAUGACCCACUUCCCAGCACCAAACAACCUUCACCCCCCCGUGGCAAAAUCACCAACAUCGUCCACGUCUGUAACCUGGUGAGGCCGUUCACCUUGGGCCAGCUGAAGGAGCUGCUGAGCCGCACGGGCACUCUGCUGGAGGAGGACUUCUGGAUCGACAAGAUCAAGUCGCACUGCUACGUGACGUACUCCAGCACAGAGGAGGCGCUAGCCACAAGGUCUGCCCUCCAUGGGGUGAAGUGGCCCCAGAGCAACCCCAAAUUCCUCAGUGUGGACUUUGCAGAGAAGGAUGAGCUGGAUUUCCACCGUGGCCUUGUGGUCCCAGAGCGUGGCCCCGGUGAGGAGCCUCCGGGGCCCACCGCACGGCCCCCGGAGCGUGACCAGCGGGCAGAGCGUGAACGUGAGAUGGAGCGCCGGGAGAGAGCCCGCGGCGAGCGCGAGUGGGACCGCGACAAGGUCCGGGAUUUCGGCCGGCCCGGCGAGGACAGGGAGGGCGCUGAGCGGCGCUCCCGGUCACGGGACCGAGAGCGGAGGCGCAAGGAGCGCGGGAAGAGCAAGGAGAGAAAGGCGGACAAGAAAGAGAAAGCUCCGGAAGAACCACCAGCCAAACUGCUGGACGACCUGUUCUACAAGACCAAAGCAGCCCCUUGUAUAUACUGGCUUCCCCUCACUGAUGAACAGGUGGUACAGCGAGAGAAGGAGCGUGCGGAGCGCAUGAAGGAGCGGGAGAAGCGGCGCAAGGAGAUGCAGGAGGAGGAGGAGAGGAAGCGGGAGGAGGAGCGCAAGGAGAGGAUGAAGGGGCGUGAGAAGGAGGCAGGCGGUGGAAGCGGGGCGACGGAGGGGGGUGGCCGGGGGGAUGGAGAGCGGGAGAGGGAGCGUGGCCGGGAGCGGGACAGGGAACGGGAGCGGGACGGGGAGAAGAAGAAGGAGGCGCAGCGCAGCAGAGGUGGAGAGAGCCGAGCAGCAGGGGGCAGCAGCGGGGCCCGGCGCUCCCGCAGCCGCAGCAACCCCCCCAGUCGGGACAGACGCCACUAAGACUCUGAGCCCCCAGCGCUGCGCCGUGUGGCUUCAGGAAAAAGCGCGACUCUGUUAACAGCCUCUGCGUGCCGCCGCCCUCACCUUGUACAGUCCUGCUGCGCCCGCCCGCCCGCGCCCUCACACACAUGGUCUUAAGUCCCUGCACCCCCCCUGACCCGCACGCAUGAAUGCCACAUGCCUCUUCCUCCUCAACAGCACAGACCACACUGACCUUCACGUCCCACCACUGGGAGGGGCCCUGUUAUGCCCCAGACUGCCCCCUCCUCCAGCAUUCAGACAUACAGUGUAGCCGGUGUGAGGCUCCCUGCCGGUGAGCCUCAUGGCGUGUUCUGUCUGCUCAUGUGUGCUUGGGCAAAGCAUUCGCUUUGGGUGUGUUCAGCGCCGCCACCAAACCCCAUCCCCCCCCCCACCCCCACCCCCAGCACCCAAACCUUCAGAGCACGUGUGUGGUUUCCCACCACACCUUCCCGAGGGCAGACACACUCAGCUGCGGAGCCCUGUCUGGAGAGAGACUUCCGGCUGGCCCACAUUCCCUGUCCUGCAGGGGGCGCUCUGAGUCGCCGGCCUUCGUGCGGACGCUUACCGCACGCUCGGCUCGCUCCAAUGCCGCGGCUGCGUCCUCUCUGCUGUCGCUGUGGCCUGAGCAGAGACACAGAACCCCUGGCAUGAGAUGCUGUUUCCAUGUUUUUUUUUCCCCCCACCCCCUCCUUAUCAGUAACCCCCUCCCCCAUUUCCAGAGUUUCUGUAAAAUCCGUAUGCCCCCCCCCCCACCCGUCAGUAUCAGCUAUGAGAAUGAUGGACAGUUGUGCCAGGGGUAUCUGGGGAUGGGUGAGUUUAACCUCCAUAAAUGAAAUGACUUUUAAUAUUUUUAAUUUUAUAAUUUUAGUAUGAAAUUUUGAUUUUUUUUUUUUUUUUCCUGUAAGUGCUGAA